AUAUGAUAAACCACGCACCAGUCUCUCACCCACGUAUGUGAGCUCGACGUGUUUUAUAAUAUCAAAUCUGAUUGAUUCUGCUAUUUAAAUACUACUUAUCUACUUGAAUUAUCGAAAACAUCGCCAUGAAUGGUGGUCCAAGUCAAGAAAGCGACGGUGAGAUAGCUUUCUAAACGAUUCGCGUGUUUUGAUCCAUAUUUCGUCUAGUUCUUUAUUUCGCGACUAUAAGAAUCAAUCUUUAUCCUUAAAUUUCGUUUCUCAUUUAGAAAUACGACAACGAGUUGGUACUGUUAUUGAUCUUGGAAAUGAAACGCCGAUUAUGCAUCCGUUUCCAAAUCAAGAUAAAAACUUUUUUAGUAGACUGCUUUCCGAAUUAUCAACAGUAACUACUAACAACAAAGUGAAAAGAGUGCUAUUUAUGGGAGUUUUCAUAACAUUUAGUAUCAUAUUGUUAUUAGUAUGGUGUAAUUCUACAAAUAGUAUAGCUUUAACUGCAUACACCUAUUUGGGUUUAUUCGAUUUAUUCAGUCUGGCAACUUGUGUAAUUACAAUUUGGUCGGAAAAACAGCAACCGAAUAGUACUUAUACUUUCGGAUAUGACCGUUUUGAAGUUCUUGCUGUUUUCGCCACAACCCUUUUAGCACAAUUAGGAGCACUUUUCAUUGUUAAGGAAAGUGUUGAAAGGUUAAUUUUACAACCAGAUGUUCAUACAGGACGAUUAUUGGUUGCAACAAUACUAGCAUUCGUUGUUCAUAUGGCUACAACAUAUUGCGUCAACAAUCCUGCUUUCAAUCACGUAGUUUCAGCGAGUAGUUCAAGUUGGUUACAAGAACAUACAGCCGAUUUUAGUCAUUCCAUUUGCAAAAUUGCACCUGGACUAAGCAAGUUACUGUUGCCGAGAAUUAAUCCAUUCUCUCUUAUAGCUUUUGCUGGAGCGUCUGCUAUUAUUGGCGUUUACUUUAUUGUAGAUUCAUAUAAUUAUACAAGAUCUGAUACUUGGGCGGCUCUAUGGAUCGCCCUUAUGACAGUUGGAACAAUGUUCCCAAUGACUAUGUAUACAGGUACCAUUCUUCUUCAGACAACUCCAGGUCACGUUUUAGGUCAAAUUGAUAAGUGCCUUAGGGAAGCCUCAACUCUCGAUGGUGUCCUUGAAUUUCAACACGAGCACUGUUGGUCAGUGGGCUUCAAAGGAAUGGCUGGUUCAAUGCACGUUCGAGUUAGACGAGACGCCGAUGAACAAUUGGUUUUGGCACACGUUGUGAACAGAUUGUCGGAUCUUGUACCCAAUCUAACCGUUCAAAUAUUUAAAGACGAUUGGACAAGACCAACUGCUCGUCAAAUAAUAUCUCAAUCUCCAAAUUUCGCUUCACCAACACUCUUUCCUUAUCGACCAAGUACGUCGCCUCAACAACUUGAUACGAAAUUUAACGGAAGAGCCCCAGGUUCAUUUGACACUCAGAGAAUAGCAUAAUUGCUUAAUGUUGCCCGUGAACUGAUAACUAAGAAAGAUUCCCAUUUAAAAAAUUGUUAAAUAUAAUCCAAUAUAUACUAAUAUAUAUAAAUAUAUAUAUACAGU